GCGGUAGUUUCUCUUUGGCUCAGUACAAUUCAAACAAGCAAAGUGAGAACAUCACAAGCAAAAGCAAAAGCAAAACAGAAACACAAGCGACUAGCUGUUAAAGCUAAAACUACUAAAAAGUAAAUCAGUAUAAAUAUAAAAACUUAAACAAAAGUAAAGUCAAAGUAAAAAAAGUUUAAACAAAUUACACAAUUGAAGUUCAAGAGAGGAAGAGAUUUUGGUAUUAACUAUUAAAUACUUGGCUCACAUCCGUAAGGAACAACAUAAAACAGAAUGCCAGCAAUUGGUAUAGAUUUGGGCACCACGUUCUCCUGCGUGGGAGUCUAUCAACAUGGCAAGGUGGAGAUUAUCGCCAAUGAUCAGGGCAACCGGACGACGCCCAGCUAUGUGGCUUUCACGGAUUCGGAACGUCUGAUUGGAGAUGCGGCCAAAAAUCAGGUGGCGAUGAACCCGAAGAACACAGUUUUUGACGCAAAGCGUCUGAUUGGGCGCAAGUACGACGAUCCGAAGAUUGCGGACGACAUCAAGCACUGGCCCUUCAAGGUGUUGAGCGAUGGAGGCAAGCCCAAGAUUGGCGUCGAGUUCAAGGGAGAGCAGAAGCGCUUCGCUCCGGAGGAGAUCAGCUCGAUGGUGCUGGUGAAAAUGAAGGAGACUGCCGAAGCGUACCUCGGGCAGAGCGUCACGGACGCGGUGAUCACAGUUCCUGCCUAUUUCAACGAUUCGCAGCGGCAGGCGACCAAAGACGCUGGUCACAUCGCUGGCCUCAACGUGCUUAGGAUCAUCAAUGAGCCGACGGCAGCAGCUCUGGCCUAUGGGUUGGACAAGAAUCUCAAGGGGGAGCGAAAUGUGCUCAUCUUUGAUCUGGGCGGAGGCACCUUCGAUGUCUCUAUAUUAACCAUUGACGAGGGCUCCUUAUUUGAGGUGCGGUCGACGGCUGGAGACACACACUUGGGAGGCGAGGACUUCGACAACCGACUGGUCACUCAUUUGGCAGAGGAGUUCAAGCGCAAGUAUAAGAAGGAUCUGCGAUCGAAUCCUCGGGCUCUUCGCCGCCUGCGCACCGCGGCAGAGAGAGCCAAACGGACGCUGUCAUCGAGCACAGAGGCCACUAUUGAGAUAGAUGCUUUGUUCGAGGGCCAUGAUUUCUACACGAAGGUGAGCCGUGCUCGCUUCGAGGAGCUCUGCGCUGAUUUGUUCCGCAACACACUGGCGCCAGUGGAGAAGGCGCUCAACGAUGCUAAGAUGGACAAGCAGCAGAUCCACGACAUUGUACUUGUCGGCGGCUCGACGCGCAUUCCAAAGGUGCAGAACCUGUUGCAGCAGUUCUUUGGCGGCAAGAGCCUCAACCUUUCCAUCAAUCCCGACGAGGCGGUGGCCUAUGGUGCCGCCGUUCAAGCGGCCAUACUUAGCGGUGACCAGAGCGGCAAGAUCCAGGACGUUCUCCUGGUGGACGUAACACCUCUUUCUCUGGGUAUCGAGACUGCCGGCGGAGUCAUGACCAAAUUAAUUGAACGCAACUGCCGCAUACCGUGCAAACAGACCAAGACGUUCUCAACCUACGCGGAUAACCAGCCUGGAGUGUCCAUUCAAGUUUUCGAGGGCGAACGCGCUCUCACUCGAGACAACAACGCUCUGGGCACCUUUGAUCUGUCUGGCAUACCGCCUGCACCGCGCGGCAUUCCCCAGAUCGAGGUCACCUUCGACAUGGACGCCAACGGCAUAUUGAACGUGACAGCCAAGGAGAUGAGCACGGGAAAGGCCAAGAACAUUACCAUUAAGAACGACAAGGGCCGCCUCUCCCAGGCAGAGAUAGACCGCAUGGUAAAUGAGGCUGAGCAAUAUGCAGAUGAAGAUGAGAAACAGCGCCAGCGCAUAUCGGCUCGCAACAGCCUUGAGGGAUACGUAUUCGGUGUGAAGCAGGCUGUCGACCAGGCCAGUCCCGACAAGUUGACCGAGAGCGAUAAGUCGUCAGUGUUGGAGAAAUGUAACGAGACUAUCAAGUGGCUGGACUCCAACACAACAGCCGAAAAGGAGGAGUUUGAAUAUAAACUGAAGGAGCUCACUCAGCACUGCUCUCCCAUUAUGACCAAGAUGCACCAGCAGGGACAGCCACAGGGCAAUCAGAACUGUGGCCAGCAGGCAGGCGGUUUCGGUGGUGGCACCGGCUACGGACCCGGACCCACUGUGGAGGAAGUAGAUUAAAAGUAUUCCUAGGUCCAAAAUUUAGAAAUUUCGUUUAGACUGAUUACGCUAUAUAAAUAAUUAUUU